GUCGAAACCAAACCAGCGAUUCUGAACCUUUACUAUACUAGUAUAACCCAAACAGUAGUACUCCAGUACAUCCAAUAAUUGCCAACACCCACCGCACCCCCGGGAAAUUGAAAUUCCCCCAAUUUUGAUUUGGAGCCCUAACCCUAACCUCAACCUCGACACAAAUAUCAGUCCGUAUCUUCUGUUCCUUUGCCGGGAGAAUAAAUUCCUGUUCUAACUCGUAGAGCUUAUCAAUUCCAUUAUUUUUGUUUUUCUCCAAGGCCCUUAGAAAUGGAAAUUCCCUAAAUUUGAAUGGAUACCUUCUUAGCUUUACCCCCGAUUUCACCCUCCGAAUGCGGUGGUUUUCUCAUCAUCUGGACGCCUCGUCAAUUCUCUCUCUUCUUUUCUGGUGGUUGAGCCGCUGUAGGGUCUCCCAGUCUUUUCAAGGAUCGUCGUCACUUGAUUCUGUUUGGAUUCUAGGGUUUGGUUUGGAGAGAGAUUGAACAACUAGAGACAGACAGAGAGAGUGAGAGUGAUGGGGAAUUCGGACAAGGAUACAGGUACGGUGGAUUGUAGUGUUGGAGCAAUUGUUUGGGUGAGGAGGCGGAAUGGGUCGUGGUGGCCUGGGAAGAUUCUGGGUCCUGAGGAGCUUUCAGAUGCUCAUCUCAUGUCUCCGCGAUCGGGCACUCCGGUCAAGCUUCUUGGAAGAGAAGAUGCCAGUGUUGAUUGGUACAAUUUGGAGAAGUCCAAGCGUGUGAAGGCAUUCCGGUGUGGUGAAUUUGAUGACUGUAUAGAAAGGGCUGAGUCUUCCCUAGGGAUGGCUCCCAAGAAAAGAGAGAAAUAUGCACGUCGGGAAGAUGCUAUUCUUCAUGCUCUUGAACUAGAGAAGCAAACCUCGGAGAACAAAAAUGGUGAAUUAGGUUGUUCUUCUGCUGGUAGGAGCACUAAAUCUUCUGACACACUGGAAAAUGUGUUAAUAACACCGUUCAAAGGCUCGCGGUAUGGUAAUGGCAAAGACACACGCCCCAAGUCACAGUCUAAGAAAGAAGAUUCAUCCCUUGAGGAUAAAAGUGUUGAUAGCCCUCUGUAUGAGAGAAAGGCCAAAGAAGGUAAUCGACCGGCUGGGAAUGAAGGGAAUUCUGUAAUACCCCGGAUGAGAGGUUUGCAAGACUUGGGCCUCAGGAUUGCGCCUUCAAAACGGAGGCUUUCAUCUUCUGUUGCUUUGAAUGGCUCUCAUAAACCUGAAAAUGAAAAUAUGGCUCAUGCUCUUCCUACCGGUGAUUUUAGCACUGAAAACACAGUUCAUGCCGACAGCAAAAGUUCUUUAGGCAAAAGGAGAACUUCACAUGAAUUGAUGAUUAAUGAAUCCCCUUUAAGGAGACGUGAUAGACGCCGUCCUCUUGUCCAAGUAUUGCAGAGUAGUGCAGAUUCACCAGUUCAUCACUCCUUGCAGCAUGACAAUGAUACUGUUUCUAUUCCUAUGUCAGUAGAGGACCAGACAGGAUCUACACCCCGCGCAAAAAGGAGCAGAUACUUGCCAGGUGAGUCUAGUGAUUGUUUAGAUGAUAAACUAAGUUUUCCCAGUGAGAUGGAAAUGUUGCCUACCAAAUUUGGAGUGAGUUGUUGUCCUCAACCUGCUGGUUUCAAUGAAGAGAACAAUUCUGAAUCAACGGAGAAUACUGAAACUGAUUCUUCUGAGACCGAUUCCCUGCAUUCAGAUGCCGAUGAGAAGAUGGUGGAACUUUCAGAUGCUGCUAUAGUCACAGAAUUAGAGCCAAAAUUGCCAGGAAGAUCUGGAAUGCGAGUUCAACAUGGAACCAUGAUCAGUGACGAUCCCAACGACUUGGCACUUGCCAGUGUCAUGACUAGCCGUUGCCCUGGUGAUACUAUUUCAGCUAGUAUGGGAGUGUCCAAAUGGCAACUGAAAGGGAAAAGGAAUAAUCGCGGUCUUGCCAAAAGGUCCAGUGACUUAACUGAUAGAAGGGUUUUGAGAGGGUUGACAGGAGGAACAAAUCUUGAGGAGAGGGAAAUCAAUGGUUGUGAUGAGCCUGAUUUAAUCGAAAAGAAAUUCAUGACCCGAAUGCGCUCAUUUGACAACCGUGGGGUCUUGUUAACCUCAAAAUCUACAUCCAGAGGUUUAGGUGAUGCUACACACAAAAUAAUCGAUUGGGAGGACUUGGCUUGGAAUGAUCAGCCUGUUCUGAAAGGAAACUUGAACGAUUCAAGCAAUUACUUAGAUCCUGUUUUUGAAGGCCGUCAUAGUUUUGGUGGCAGAAGGAAGCCAAUUCUGGUUGAUGUGGAUCUAAAGGUCCAAUCAAGCUAUCAAAGAGAACAUGUCCCUAUGAUUUCUUUGAUGAGUAAGUUAAAUGGUAAGGCAAUAGUAGGGCACCCAAUCCAAAUUGAAGCACUGGAAAAUGGUUCCUCUGAAAUUCUUCUUUCAUUGGCCAAUGGCAUUUGCCCAGAGUCUCUGGAUAAUGAUACAGCACUUCCUUCUAUGUGGAGAACUGCCCGCAGGACAGCCAAAUUUCGGGUCCCUCGGUCACAUCCAUUAGCUGCAACAUUGGAUGGUGAAGAAACUGCAGAGCAUUUUCAAUUUCUGGAUCAAGACAAAAACAUGCUAGUAGAGAAAUCAAGCUUAGGGAGUUCUCGGUCCCGACCGAAAAUGGACCGGAAGUAUUCAAGGCGGCCACCAAAGAAGGUAAGCUUGUCUUCUGGACAAAAGAUCAAAACCCUGUCUUCAAUUGGGGCGGAACAAAAACUUGGUAGUGAUUGGCAACAUGGUAACAACAAUCAUAAUGUGGGUGGGUUAAUCAAAAGGGGGUCUGGCCCCACUGCUGUAGCUUGUAUCCCUGUUAAACUAGUAUUCAGUAGGUUAUACGAGGAGCUGGUUGGCCGACAUCAAUAAAGCUAGUCAUGGGGUGUGAUUUUGUGAUACAGAAACAUUUCCACCAUUGCUUCAUGUAUAUUUUGUGUGAGAACAAUAAUCCUAUACUGCAGCAUGUAUUUGUUACUUUUUUGUCCAACGUAAGUAGUAAUUAGGAGGAAGAAUGUAGACUUUUCCAUAACAGGCCAGAAAGGAGGGUUGGUUUAGUUCUCAAUAGCGCGAGAAGUUAAUUGUACAAGACUUUAGUAGGUGAAUGUACAUUGUAUUUUGUAAGCCUUCUUAUUUAAAUACAGAGGAACCUCGGCAGUAGAGGUCUUAUAUA